CUCCAGUUCUUGUACAACAUUAACCUGGAAUUGUGCUUUGUCUUACUUUUGCAUGAUAGAGAUUCUGUGUUUUGUACUUUACCUUAUCUGCCUGCAUGCUCAAUGUUUGCCUGUACUCUCCUUCUUUAUAGCUUUCAUUUGAAAAUGUGUUGGCUUCAAGCUCUUUGCUUUGUCUUCCAUUGGUAAAGAUUCAGAGAACAUUAUAAGGCUUAUGGACUAGAUAUAUGUGACAUCUGCUUAUUAUGCUUAUUUAUUUGUGGUUACUGAGGGCAAGAAAGAUAGGCUCUAAGAAUUGCUUUGUUUUCUUUUUUCUUUUCUUUUCUCCUGUUUUGCCUUUUAUUUGCUUCCAAUUAUCAGAAACCAUGACAAGGGUCUAAUAACCAUUAUUGCCUUUGAAAAAAGUAAUCUAGGAAUUCUUUGUUUAUAUUUAUGAUUCAAUCACAGUGACUCAGAAGUAGACAUCCAAGAGAAAAUGGAUGUCCCCAAGGGAUUCUUGAGCUAUUUGUGUUACUUUCUCUUCUUUCUUCCAGUUUGCGUACUUCUAUUCAUUCUUGCAAUUAUCAAAGGUGCUAUUUUCAGUCCAUUUGUGCUUCUGGUUAUUGCAUUUGGAGAUACUGGUGUUGUCAUAGGUUUAUGGCCGCUUCAUCUUGUUUGGAGUAUCUACUGUUUAAUCAAAACAAAGAAGUUUGGUCCAUACAUGAAGUGCCUGUUGAUUUUACUGGUUCCGGUACCAAUAGUAUUGUGGACUGUUAUUGGAGUUGCUGGGAGUGCGAUUAUGGGUGCUGGAUAUGGCUUCAUUUGGCCUGUCAUGGAGACAUUCAGGGCUAUCAGUAUGGAAGGUCCAAUCAACAUGAAGUUGAUUAGAUGCUUUACAGAAGGCACUUGGACCUGUGUUUGGGGAGCAUGCACUGUAGUCCGUGAUUUUGCAGAUUUUUCCUUCCACUCAUACUUCUCUGUUAUGGAUGGACUGCUCAAGUCAAAAGACGAAGAGGAACCCAUUGAACUCAAGAUUGCUCAGGUACCUGGUUGCAUUCUAGCAGCAUGUCUUGCCAUUCUGGUUGAUGUGCCUGUUAUUACUAUAAUAGUUGUUUACAAAGCACCUAUAUUACUAUUCAAAGGAUGGCAUCGGUUGAUACAAGAUCUUAUUGGGAGGGCAGGCCCAUUUUUCGAAACUGUUUGCAUUCCCUUUGCUGGGUUUUGGAUUCUUUUGUGGCCAAUUGUUGUUCUGUUAGCAACUUUGGCAGGCAUAGUUUCAAGCUUUGGUUUUGGCUGCUACGCUGCAGUUGUUGCAUAUCAGGAAAACUCUACUAAGAGGGGAUUGCUUUAUGUGGUUGCUUCUGCAUCUGUCUUUGAUGAGUACACUAACGAUUUGCUUUACCUGCAACAAGGUUCCUGCUUUCCUAGACCCAAAUAUCGUAAACAAGUUAGUUCUACCUCUUCACUGCUUCCAGUAAUGAGACUGCAAGAACAGCUUGACAGCGCUUAUGUUGGUGAACCAUUUAUACGGCCUCCUACUGAUAAAGCCAACACACUGAAGACUGCAGUGAUAUGGGAUAGCUUCUUCAAAGCAUUUGAAGAUAUUGGGAAAGAGCUUCUCAGUAAUGAAGCCAUUGGGCUUUCGGAUCUGGAUGCCUGGAGAAACUCAAAAUCAAAUAUAAUCAACACAGGAAUUCCUGCAUAUGCAUUUCUUGAGUGCUUCCUUCACUCUAUUAAGAGUAGUUCCAGUGGCUUUAUCCUCCGUGAUGACGUUGAGAUAACAAGUGUGAAUAGACCAGAAGGACGAGUUUUCGAUUGGCUUUAUGAGCCAAUGUGUAUCAUGAAAGAGCAGAUCAAGAGUCUGAGUUUGAACAAAACUGAGGAGUUAUACUUUUACAAACACUGCUUGUAUGGUGGUGAUGCAGCAAGAAUUGAAUCUUGGCUAAAUGAUGGCAUUCCCCCAGAUGACAAGAUUAGAAGAGCUCAGUUGGAGGGUUUGAGUAGAAGGUUGCAAGGCUUUUGUUUGACACUGUCAAGGCUGCCAACAUCAAGACGUCGAUUCUUUGAAGUUGUGAAAGCUAUUGAGCAGGAUGCGAAAGAAUCAAACACCCUUGGGGAUGAAGAUGUAGAUUUAGAGGCAGCUAGAUAGGUCAUUUUCGAGUUACACAUCAGAUGUGAUAUGAACAGACUUAGGUUGCUGUGAAGUAGCUAAGAAUAUACUAUGAAGGUGCAUUAUUAAAUUGUGGCAUUCAUCUAUAUUUCCAAAAGGCUAUGGAGUAAUGAAGUUAUUACUAAGAUAGCUGAUCUAUUCGGACUAGUACUAUAUAUCACUCAGAAAUUCCAGAAUUUCCAGGGGGCUUAAAUCUGUGCAGACAAAUUUGUUUGUAAAAUUAAUGUUUUUAAUUUUACUCUUUCCUCCAUUUGCUUUAAAUUUUCAAUUUCUAAAUUCACUCAACAGAGCCUGGUUUUAAAUCUUAGAUGUGCCACCAUGAUUUCAUGCU